AUGUAUGCAAAGGCCGCAAAGGAUUACCCCGAUUAUGAAUUCCAGCGAAUACUUGAACAAGACAAAGAAGAAGAACUGAGGAGCACGCGACUGGAUCGUGGAGCGCUCGUCCUUGUGGGGAAUGGAGUAGAAGAACUGGACGUGGUCAGUUUUGUCACGGCUCUAAAGGAAGCCAACAUUGAAGUUGUGACCGCUUCAAUCGAAGGUAAUCGAACGAUCCGGGGCAAACAGAGCUUGACCUUCCGAGCUGACACCAUCCUGUCUGAUGUCGACAAACCUCUGGACUUCCUGGGGGUUGUGAUCCCCGGUGGAAACAAGAACUAUACUUUGACCAUGUCGAGAGACGAGCGGGUUAGAGUGCUUGUCCGCUGCCAGUAUGAUCGUAAAGGCAUCUGCUGCUCUCUUGGAAGUGGAGUAAUUACGCUUAAAAAUUCCGGCAUCCUCUACGGACGGCAGUACACGGCUCCUCCGGAUCUGAGAGAGCAACUCCCCGAUCUGGAAGAAGAUGUAGCGGUCAAAGCAGAUGAGAAUGUUGUGACGUCACAGGGAGGAGGAACAGCGUUGGAUGCAGCCAUGACGCUGGUCGAGCUAUAUCAGGGGCAGACAGCA